GGAUGAACGCGAAAGCACUGAAACUUAAAAAUGAAAUCUUGUGUCUUUCCAGUUUUGUUUGGUUGAAUUCCGAAAGGAUAUGCCCAAUAUUCAACUUCAAAAGCUGAGUUCAAGACCCAAAAGUGUUGGAAGUGUCCUCUUUGUAUUGUAUACGGGCAUGAUUUUCAUUUUCUUGUUUCUUGUUACGAUUGUGGCCUUAAGAUCAUCGCAUGGUAGUAACUUUUUUCCUUCGCCAAUGUUCAGAUAUGUUGCAUUUGGUGUUCAAGAUGAAUGGUCAACUCCGGGGUAUUGCCCACCUGCUGUCAAUAUUUUCUUCCUGAAGACUCAUAAAUGUGCUAGUUCAACUGUUCAAAACAUUCUGAUGAGAUAUGGAGACGAAAAGAACCUGACAUUCGUUCUUCCUGAAGAAUCUAAUUAUAUCGGACAUCCUAAAAAGUUUUCCAGAUCACUGCUUACAGAGCAGGUGAAGAUGUACUCAAAUUUUAAUCUUCUUUGUCACCAUCUCCGUUUCGAUGCCCACGAAAUUGAGAGUGUCAUGUCCCCUAAGACGUUCUAUGUGUCUAUUCUUCGGGAUCCUGGUGCACUAUUUCGAUCCAUGUACGACUACUACAAUAUGCAACAUUUUUUCAACCGAACCCUGAAAUCUUUCCUCCAGGAUGAAGGAUCCAUGAAAACCUUGAACUCGCAGCGUAUUUAUGAUAAGUUAGGAAGAAAUCAAAUGUUUUUUGACUUCGGAUAUGAUAAGGACAUUUGGGAUAAUGUUUCGCUUAUUCGAUCCGCGAUCGAAGAAAUCGACGAAAAAUUUGAUUUCAUAAUGAUUUCGGAGUUAUUUGAUGAAUCUUUAAUACUUUUAAAACAUAUGCUCUGCUGGACAACAGCCGAUAUAGUGUAUCUCAAGCACAACAUGCGGAAAAAAACGAUAUUUACAAGCAUAAAGAUGACUCUUUGGCUAUUAAAAUUAAGAAUUACAAUGCCGCUGAUAAACUUCUUUACGAUUAUUUCUACGAAAAGCUUCUUAGUCUUAUCGAAUCGUUUGGCAAAGAUAGAAUGGCGAAAGAAAUACAAGAUUUGAGGUUGUGGAAUAGCGUGUGGUUUAACCACUGUAUUAAAAAAAUGUCAUCCGAAAAUGAAGACAUUCCUUCAGAGACAAAAGCAUAUAAUUCCAAAGUGUACAGCUUUGUUCUUAAUGAUGAUCCCAUAGCUGAAAUUUGCAAACAUUUAGCUAUGGAAGAACUUCAAUAUACGGCGAAACUUAGGGAAAAACAAAAGACAUUUUAUGAAUUGGUCUAAGGAACAUUUUGUAAGCCAAAAUGGUGUUGGUAAUCAUUAUGGAUCACUUUUAAACUUAAUUCCUUAUUUUUCAAAGAAGAUAUUGAAAACUAGUUUGCUGAUGGAAGUAAUUUGGUGCAAUGACUCUUUUAUUGCAUUUAAUGGAAAUAAAAAAAAAGCUUUUAAGUGCCAUGAAAACACCUUUACAUAUUUUAAAACGAAAUCAUAGUCAAAAGUUUUAUAAGUAUUUUACGUUUUCUAACCAUUAGAAACAUCCAAUUAAGAAAAGUUAAUAAUCACUGUUUGUGCAUUUCUCAUGUUUUGAUACAAACGUCCAUUCAGUAAGUUCCAACGUUUUACAGCCAUAAAAAAUUUUAAGAGAAUAAUUAAAAUGCUUUUAAUCAAAAAAAAAUGUUUUAACGAAUUGACCUUUAACUUAUUACAACAUACAAUUGGAAUUGACUUUUAUCCAUACCCAAGUGCUAUAAAUUCUUGCCCUUCGUCAUACAGCUAAGAACAUAUUGAAUCGAGAUGUGAUAUCAUUUAAUUUAAAGAUUUGGUAUGUUAUUCAUUAC